GUCAUAACCGUGAAAAAUUAUCAACUGUCAAAAAAUAUGAUUUCUUGUUGAUGUAAUACGCAAAGAAUGCGUUAUCUAUUUUAUUUAUUUUAAAAACUGUGUUAAAAACGUUAUAAUUUAUAUAUUAAUUUGUUGUAAAAGCAUGUAAAUAAAAUAUUUAACCUAAAAUGGCAAAUACAGGAGUUUUACCCUUUGUAAGAGGGGUAGAUUUUACCAGAAAUGAUUUUAGUGGCAAGAAGUUUCCGGAAGCUGUAAGUUCUAUGACAGGUGUGCAAUGGCUAAAGCUAGAUCGAACAAAUUUAAAAGAAAUACCCAAGGAAAUGGGAAAUUUAUUAAAACUUGAACACUUAUCUCUUACAAGAAAUAAUUUAGAGAAACUUUAUGGAGAACUGACUGAACUGAAUUGCUUAAGAACAUUGAAUUUAAGGCACAAUAAAGUAAAAAGUUCUGGGGUGCCAGCCCAAUUGUUUCAUUUGGAAGAACUAAGCACCUUAGAUUUAAGCCAUAAUAAUUUAAAGGAAGUUCCUGAAGGUUUGGACAGGGCCAAAUCACUUUUAGUCCUGAAUUUAAGCAAAAAUCAUAUUGAUGCCAUUCCCAACACUUUGUUCAUCAACCUAACCGAUUUAUUGUUCUUGGACCUGAGCGACAAUAACUUGGAAACAUUGCCACCCCAAACCAGACGUCUUGCCAAUUUACAAACUUUAGUUUUAAACAACAAUCCCAUGGGGCAUUUUCAAUUAAGACAACUGCCAUCCUUAAUAAACUUGGAAACGUUGCAUUUAAGGAAUACACAAAGAAAUCUAAACAAUUUUCCCACCAAUUUAGAAAAUUUAGUAAAUUUGUCUGAUGUUGAUUUGGCUCAAAAUGCAUUACCAAAAGUUCCUGAAGCUCUGUAUUUACUACCAAACUUAAAGAGACUAAAUUUAAGUGAAAAUGAGAUUACAGAAAUAUCCACAGCAAUUGAAAAUUGUCAAAAACUGGAAACUCUAAAAUUAUCCCACAAUAAAAUUACUGCUCUGCCUGCAUCCCUGUGUAAAUUAUCCAAUUUAAGGAGAUUAUAUGUUAAUGACAACAAGUUGGAUUUUGAAGGUAUACCAUCUGGAAUAGGCAAGUUGGGAUGUCUGGAAAUAUUCUCUGCAUCCAACAACCAACUAGAAAUGAUUCCAGAAGGACUAUGCAGAUGCGGUUCCUUAAAAAGGUUGAACCUAAGCUCAAACAAGCUUAUCACGUUGCCAGACGCAAUCCAUUUGCUCACCGAUCUGGACUCGCUCGAUUUGCGCAACAAUCCCGACUUAACGAUGCCCCCCAAACCUGUCGAAAUGACUCGCGGGGCAGGUCUCGAGUUUUACAACAUUGACUUCUCAUUGCAAAAUCAACUCAGGCUUGCGGGGGCCAACGUACCCGCGCCAACGCCUGCUCAAAAUGCAAGUAAGGAUCCGAUUGCAAGGAAAAUGCGUCUACGAAAAGGUAGGAGGGAUCACGAGGAGGCUGACCAGGAUCAGGCAAAAAUUUUAAAGGGAAUGAAAGAUGUGGCCAAAGACAAAAACAAUAGUAUCAAAGAAGAUGAUGCGAAAGCGGAAUCAUUAAAACCAAAACGUUGGGACGAGACGUUAGAAAAACCUUCAUUGGACUAUUCAGAAUUUUUCGAAGAAGACGCCGGGCAAAUACCGGGUUUGACCAUUUGGGAAAUCGAAAACUUCCUGCCCAACCGCAUAGAUGAGGUGGCUUAUGGGAAAUUUUACGAAGGCGACUGCUACAUUGUGCUCAAGACUGGAUUGGAUGACAACCAGUCGCUAACCUGGGAAAUAUACUUUUGGAUAGGCGCUAAAGCCCCACUUGAUAAAAAAGCAUGCUCUGCAAUUCACGCCGUUAAUUUAAGAAAUUACCUUGGCGCUCAGUGUAGAACGAUAAGAGAAGAACAGGCUGAUGAAUCCGAAGAAUUUUUAGGACUCUUUGAUACUCCUCUAACUUACAUAGAGGGGGGCAGAACAUGUAGUGGAUUUUUCACAGUGGAAGAUAACAUAUUUGAAACUAGAUUCUAUAGAAUUCACGGUGCUGGUCCGUCGAUACAUUUGGAAGCCGUUUCCGUAACCGUCGAAUCUUUGGAUCCGCGAUUCGUUUUUAUUUUGGACACGGGCACCAAAAUAUUCUUGUGGUUUGGCAAGAAAGCCAAGAACACUUUAAAGUCAAAAUCGCGCCUAAUGUGCGAAAAAAUUAACAAGAACGAGAGGAAAAAUAAAGCGGAAAUAUUUACCGAAGCAAUGGGGACGGAAAGUGUCGACUUUUGGACGGCUAUGGGAGAGCCCAAUGGAGAAAAACCCGAGGAACCACCAAUAGAACACGUGGAUGAAAAUUUUCUACCAGUCCCACCAAGACUGUACCAAGUGCAACUGGGUAUGGGUUAUCUAGAACUUCCCCAAGUUGAGGUACCCAAUGGUAAAUUGGUAAACACUCUGCUUGGCAGCAAAAAUGUUUACAUUUUGGAUUGUUAUUUGGACGUUUUUGUUUGGAUUGGUAAAAAAUCCACAAGGUUGGUUAAUGCAGCGGCUGUAAAACUUUCUGAGGAACUCUUUAAUAUGAUUGACAGGCCUGAAUAUGCUUUAGUUACAAGAGUAAGGGAAGGUACAGAACCACAGAUUUUCAAGUGCAAAUUUAUCGGCUGGGACGAAGUGAUCGCGGUGGAUUUCACCCGUACCGCGGAAUCGGUGCAGAAAACCGGCGCCGACUUGACCAAAUGGGCUAAGGCGCAAGAAACCAAAGCCGACUUGACCGCCCUGUUCACGCCCCGCCAACCGCCGAUGGCGAUAGCCGAGUCCCAGCAAGUGAUGGAAGAGUGGAACGAGGACCUCGAAGCGAUGGAAUCCUUCGUGCUGGAGGGAAAAAAGUUCUCCCGCUUGCCGGAAGACGAGUUGGGACAUUUCCAUUCCAAGGAUUGCUACGUUUUCCUUUGCCGCUAUUGGACACCGGUGGGCGACGACGACGAUGGCGAAACAGACGAGCAGGAAGAUUUCCAGUGCGUUGUAUACUUCUGGCAGGGCAGGGAGGCUUCGAAUAUGGGCUGGCUGACGUUUACCUUUACUUUGCAGAAAAAGUUCAAGGCUUUGUUUGGAGAUAAGUUGGAAGUUGUCAGGACCCACCAGCAACAAGAAAACAUGAAAUUCAUGGCACAUUUCAAACGAAAAUUCAUAAUCCACCAGGGAAAACGCAAACAAAAAGAGAAGAAUGCAGUUGAGUUCUACCAUCUUAGAUCGAACGGAAGCGCCCUCUACACGCGUUUAGUUCAAAUUAAACCCGAUGCUACCGCCUUGAAUUCUGCCUUUUGUUAUAUUUUAAAUGUGCCAUUCGAACAAGAAGAGGACUCCGCAAUUAUUUACGUCUGGAUUGGUUCGAAAUCGGAUCCUGAUGAAGCCCUGUUAAUCCAGGAAAUCGCGGAGGAGUCAUUUAACACUCCUUGGGUUAGUUUGCAAGUUCUUGCUGAGGGAGAAGAGCCAGACAACUUUUUCUGGGUUGGAUUAGGUGGGAAGAAGCCCUAUGAAACUGAUGCCACAUUUAUGGAAUACACGAGGUUGUUCAGAUGCUCAAAUGAAAAAGGGUACUUUAUUGUUUCAGAAAAAUGCUCCGAUUUCUGUCAAGAUGAUUUAGCAGAUGAUGACAUCAUGAUCUUAGAUAAUGGGGAACAGGUAUUUUUGUGGCUGGGUGCAAAGUGUAGUGAAGUGGAAAUUAAACUUGCCUACAAAUCAGCUCAAGUUUACAUCCAACACAUGAGAGUGAAGCAACCUGACAGACCAAGAAAAUUGUUUUUGACCCUGAAAGAUAAGGAGUCCAAAAGGUUUACCAAAUGUUUCCAUGGAUGGGGUAAUCACAAAAAACCCCCAGAAUAACGAAAACAUUUACUUUAGGAUUUUAUACUUAAGCACUAUAAAGCUGUAUUCUUGCAAUAUUAAUAGCAGUAUUAUAACAUUGUUUUUUAAAUUAUUAUCAACAGCAUAAUUUAUUAAAAUUUUAACAAAUUAUAAACAUUUAUUAAUUU